AGUCUGGAGAACAGGAAAGCCCGGCGGUACGAAGCGGUGAAGUGGGUGAUGGUUUUUGCUAUUGGAGUUUGUACAGGGCUGGUGGGCCUCUUCGUGGACUUUUUUGUCCGGCUCUUCUCCCAGCUCAAGUUCCGGGUGGUUCAGAGCUCGGUGGAGGAGUGCAGCGAGAAGGGCUGCCUGGCCGUCUCCCUGCUGGAGCUGCUGGGCUUCAACCUGACCUUCAUCUUCUUCGCCAGCCUCCUCGUCUUGAUCCAGCCUGUGGCUGCCGGCUCCGGCAUCCCCGAGAUCAAAUGCUACCUGAAUGGAGUGAAGGUGCCGGGAAUCGUUCGGUUCCGGACUCUGGUGUGCAAAGCUCUCGGCGUGCUCUUCAGCGUGGCCGGAGGGCUCUUCGUUGGGAAGGAAGGGCCGAUGAUACACAGUGGCGCCGUGGUAGGGGCUGGCUUGCCUCAGUUCCAGAGCAUCUCCCUAAAGAAGAUCCAGUUUAACUUGCCCUAUUUCCGCAGCGACAGGGACAAAAGGGACUUUGUGUCUGCAGGAGCCGCUGCUGGGGUGGCCGCAGCCUUCGGGGCCCCAAUUGGGGGCACGCUGUUCAGCCUGGAGGAGGGUUCGUCCUUCUGGAACCAGGGGCUGACAUGGAAAGUGCUCUUCUGUUCCAUGUCCGCCACCUUCACUCUGAACUUCUUCCGUUCUGGAAUUCAGUUUGGCAGCUGGGGCUCCUUCCAGCUCCCGGGUUUGCUGAAUUUUGGGGAGUUUAAGUGCUCGGAGUCUGACAAGAAGUGCCACCUGUGGACGGUUGUGGACUUGGGCUUCUUCAUCCUGAUGGGGGUCGUGGGGGGCCUCCUGGGAGCCACCUUCAACUGCAUCAACCAGAGGCUGGCCAAGUACCGCAUGCGAAACGUGCACCCCAAGCCCAAGCUGGUCAGAGUCUUGGAGAGCCUGUUGGUGUGUCUAACGACCACCCUUGUGGUGUUUGUCGCUUCCAUGGUUCUAGGGGAAUGCCGCCCGAUGUCUUCCGCCGGCCACGGGGACAACAGCUCUUUGGGCCUACAGGACUCCUCCUCUGAUGAAGUGAAUUCGAGCAUCAAGACCUUUUUCUGUCCCAACGAUACUUACAAUGAUAUGGCGACGCUUUUCUUCAACCCACAGGAGUCGGCCAUCUUACAGCUCUUCCACCAGGAGGGUACUUUCAGCCCGGUCACGCUCUCCCUGUUCUUCCUUCUCUAUUUCUUGCUCUCCUGCUGGACCUAUGGGAUUUCUGUGCCCAGCGGCCUCUUUGUGCCCUCACUGCUUUGCGGGGCCGCCUUUGGACGCCUGGUUGCCAACCUCCUCAAAAGCUACAUCGGUUUGGACCACAUCUACUCGGGGACCUUCGCGUUGAUCGGAGCUGCCGCCUUCCUGGGCGGGGUUGUCCGCAUGACCAUCAGCCUCACUGUCAUCCUGAUUGAGUCCACGAAUGAGAUCAGCUACGGGCUCCCGAUCAUGGUCACCCUCAUGGUAGCCAAGUGGACCGGGGACUUCUUUAACAAGGGCAUCUACGACAUCCAUGUGAACUUGCGAGGGGUGCCACUUCUGGAAUGGGAAACCAAAGCAGAAAUGGACAAGCUGAGAGCCAGUGAUAUCAUGGAGCCCAACUUGAUGUAUGUUUACCCCCACACCCGGAUCCAGUCCCUGGUGAGCAUUCUGCGUACGACGGUCCAUCACGCCUUUCCCGUGGUCACAGAAAACCGGGCCUACGAGAGGGAGUUUAUGAAGUGGGACCAGCUGAUCAGCAACAACAUCAAGUUUAAGAAAACCAGCAUCCUCACCAGGGCCGGGGAGCAGCGCAAACGCAGCCAGUCCAUGAAAUCCUACCCGUCGAGCGAACUACGCAACGUGUGUGAUGACCACAUCGUGACGGAAGAACCGCCGGAGACGGAAGACAUGUUGCAGCAAAUGCUGGAGCGAAGGUACACUCCCUAUCCUAACCUGUACCCAGACCAGUCGCCCAGUGAGGAGUGGACCAUGGAGGAACGCUUCCGGCCUCUUACCUUCCACGGCCUGAUCUUGCGCUCGCAGCUGGUCACCUUGCUCGUGCGGGGCGUCUGUUACUCGGAGGGCCAGUCGAGCGCCAGCCAGCCUCGCCUCUCCUACGCGGAGAUGGCUGAGGAUUACCCUCGCUACCCCGACAUCCAUGAUCUGGACCUCACGCUGCUCAACCCCAGGAUGAUUGUGGAUGUGACCCCCUACAUGAACCCGUCUCCGUUCACCGUCUCGCCCAACACUCACGUCUCUCAAGUCUUCAACCUCUUCAGGACGAUGGGGCUCAGGCACUUACCAGUCGUGAACGCUGUCGGGGAGAUCGUCGGCAUCAUUACCCGGCACAACCUGACCCACGAAUACCUGCAGGCGAGGCUCCGGCAGCACUACCAGACCAUCUGACUGCUCCCCACCCCUCUGCCCUCCCCACCUCCUUCUGC